AAUAAAUGUCCCCCACAAAAAAACACGGAUUUCGCUCACACCAUCUUGCUUGGGGUUUUUCUCACGGACUGCGUUUAGGGUUUUGUACAUUUUACCUCAUUCAGCUCCAAAUAAUGGCGUUGCUCAUGGCCAUCCGGCGGGCCCGAGGCCGAAUAGAAUCCUCUUUCUUCAAGGUACGCCUAGCAAACCCUUCUCAUUUCACCUUCAAUCGCAGCAGCAACAACAAUCAAACCCUAAGCACAUCAGCAAUCCCAGAUGACUAUCAUAGGCCCUCCCCACCACCGCAACAGCAGCAGCAGAAAGCUCCGUUUAGGGGCUUUCAGAACCAGGGACAGUUUAAACCAAGUUUUCAGCAACCCAGGGCCCCAAAACAAUGGAACAAUCUAAACCAAGGUUAUCCACCGGUCCAAAAUCCUAAUCAGUGGACCCAACGAGUCCAAAGCCCUAACCGAGACCAGGUUGUUGAGGACCAAACCCCGGUUUCUUCUCCGCCUCCACCUUCGAUUGAAGACCUCAGUCGGUUUUGCGAAACGGGGAAGGUUAAGGAAGCUAUUGAACUGAUGGAGCAAGGGGUUAAAGCUGAUUGGAACUGCUUCCAUAGGUUGUUUGACCAUUGUGCCGAAUCAAAAUCUUAUGAGUAUGCAAAAAAGGUUCAUGAUUUAUUGUUACAGUCGACUUGUCGGGGUGAUCUUCAGUUGAACAAUAAGGUGAUUGAAAUGUAUGGGAAAUGUGGAGGCAUGACGGAUGCGCGGAGAGUGUUUGAUCAUAUGCCUGAUCGGGAUAUGCAGUCUUGGCAUUUGAUGAUCAAUGGGUAUGCGGAUAAUGCGUUGGGUGAUGAUGGGUUGCAUUUGUUUGAGCAGAUGAGGCAGCUUGGUUUGAAACCCACUGGGGAGACUUUUCUCGCAGUCUUUUCGUCAUGUGCCAGUGCGGAUGCCGUGGAGGAAGCAUUUAUACAUUUUAAGUCAAUGAAGGAUGAGUGUGGAAUCGAUCCAGGGUUUGAGCAUUAUAUGGGGCUUCUAGGUGUACUUGGGAAGUGUGGGCAUCUUAAUGAAGCAGAGGAGCUGAUAGAGGGACUUCCGUUUGAGCCCAUGGCAGAGGUUUGGGAGACUUUGAGGAAUUAUGCUCGGAUUCAUGGAGAUGUUGAUCUUGAAGACCGGACUGAGGAGUUGAUGGUUGCUCUUGAUCCAUCAAAGGCUGUUGCUAACAAGAUCCCUACCCCUCCACCCAAAAAGCGCACUGUAAUCAGCAUGCUUGAUGGGAAGAAUAGGAUCAGUGAAUUUCGAAACCCAGCUCUCUACAAGGAUGAUGAAAAGCUGAAGGCAUCCAUUGGGAUGAAAGAAGCCGGUUAUGUGCCGGACACGAGAUAUGUUCUUCAUGACAUCGAUCAAGAGGCCAAGGAGCAGGCCUUGCUGUACCAUAGUGAGCGUUUGGCAAUUGCAUAUGGUCUGAUCAGUACUCCAGCAAGGACGCCUCUUAGGAUCAUCAAGAACCUCCGUAUCUGCGGUGACUGUCAUAAUGCCAUCAAGAUCAUGUCCAAGAUCGUUGGGAGGGAACUAAUUGUUAGGGACAAUAAACGGUUUCAUCAUUUCAAAGAUGGCAAAUGUUCGUGUGGGGAUUACUGGUGAUGUCCGUGAAACAUUGAACUUUUACAACAGACAUCUUCCGAGAUUUUCUUUCCAGUUUCUAUUUGUUGUGCGCAGUGCUAAAAUUACCAAGCUAUGUAGUGGUGUGGACAGAAAAUCCAGUGAUACUAUCUGUGGGAGGUGAACCAUCAAUUGCUAUGUAAUGUGCCUUCUGUUUAUUUUGACGUUGAAUCAAGUAUUUGAUAAAAUA